AUGAAUGUAAGUGAUGUGGCUCUUUCUCUUUCCAGAUUCUUCCUAAAAUUUUUUCUCAAGUGCAAUCAGAAUUGCUUGAAAACAGCAGGAAACCCAAGAGAUAUGAGACGGUUCCAGGUGGUGCUAUCAACAACAGUGAAUGUGGAUGGGCAUGUGCUGGCAGUGUCUGACAACAUGUUUGUGCACAACAACUCCAAGCACGGGCGGAGAGCAAGAAGGCUCGACCCCUCGGAAGCCACGCCCUGCAUCAAAGCCAUCAGCCCAAGCGAGGGGUGGACCACGGGGGGAGCCAUGGUGAUCAUUAUUGGGGACAACUUCUUCGAUGGGCUGCAGGUGGUGUUUGGGACCAUGCUGGUGUGGAGUGAGCUGAUCACCCCUCACGCCAUCCGCGUCCAGACGCCUCCCCGGCACAUUCCCGGUGUGGUGGAGGUGACAUUAUCCUACAAAUCCAAACAGUUCUGCAAAGGAGCACCAGGCAGGUUCAUUUACACAGCUUUAAAUGAACCUACCAUAGAUUAUGGCUUCCAAAGACUGCAGAAGGUCAUCCCAAGACAUCCUGGGGACCCUGAAAGAUUAGCUAAGGAAAUGCUGCUGAAAAGAGCCGCUGACCUGGUCGAGGCCCUGUACGGGACGCCCCACAACAACCAGGACCUGAUCCUGAAGCGCGCGGCCGACAUCGCCGAGGCGCUGUACAGCGUGCCGCGCAACCCCGCGCAGCUGCCCGCGCUGCCCAGCUCCCCCGCGCACAGCUCCAUGAUGGGCAUCAACUCCUACGGCAGCCAGCUGGGCGUCAGCAUCUCCGAGUCGGCGCAGGGCAACAACCAGGGUUACAUCCGUAACACCAGCAGCAUCUCCCCCCGGGGCUACUCGUCCAGUUCCACCCCGCAGCAGUCCAACUACAGCACCUCCAGCAACAGCAUGAACGGCUACAGCAACGUGCCCAUGUCCAACCUGGGCGUGCCCGGCUCCCCCGGCUUCAUCAACGGCUCCCCGACGGGAUCCCCCUACGGAUUGAUGUCCUCAAGUCCAACAGUCGGCUCCUCCAGCACUUCUUCCAUCCUCCCGUUCUCCUCCUCGGUGUUCCCUGCUGUCAAACAGAAGAGUGCCUUUGCUCCUGUCAUCAGACCCCAAGGGUCCCCCUCCCCUGCCUGCUCCAGUGGCAACGGGAAUGGCUUCCGAGCCAUGACUGGUCUUGUCAUUCCCCCGAUGUAAGGAAGGGGCAGCUUUGCUGCUCUCCCUCCCUCUUCCCUUUUUUCCUCCUUUUUUUUUCAUUUUUCUUUUACAGCACAAAACUACUUAUUGUGAUGGACCACUAAAAAGAAAAAAAUAGCACUACAAGCUCUUUUUUGGGGAAAAGCCAGGCCCAGGAAAAAAAAAAAAGGAACAUUUUUUAUGGAUUGGACAAGACAGAAGUCUGCAUCAUUUACCUGUUUCAUAUUUCUGACACAACCACAUCAACUCCUCAAACAUUGGGAAUGAAGAAUCAGCAAGAGCCAGGAUGAACAAGACUUGGCAGAAUGGAAUUAGAAAUGCAACGUCUUUCCUGGAAGACAUGAAAACCUUCCUAAGAUUUGUAAAAUAUUCAAAGGGAAAAAAAAAAGAAAUUGGCAAAAUGAUUCAAGGUUGAUAUUUUGGAUACAAUUUGUUUUACUUUGUAAGGGUAAAAAAGUUGAAGUUUCUAUUUUCUAUGGAGCCUUUCAGAUAUCGAUUUAGUUUAUGCAGAAAAACAAUUCAACAAAACAGGGUACCAGCAUGAAAGAAUUUCUAGGACAAACUGACAUGAAUGAUGGAACUUUGGUGUAUGUGUGUAUUUGCUUAUAGUUUAACCUCUUUAAAAAUGUAAGAUGUUUUACAAUUAUUUAAAUAAAUAAACUUGUAACUUAUUGUAU